AUGGAUGAGCAGCAAAAUGACAGCUUUACAUUGCCAGGUCAUUUUCUCCCGUCUGAUGACAUUCCCUUGAGAUACCUAAACAGCACAGAAGAGUACCUGGCAUAUUUUUAUGGUCCAAAGCGCAGUCAUUUAUCGCUCCCCAUAACUCUUGUAUACACAGCGAUUUUCUUGGUGGGGGUCACUGGAAACAUGUUGGUGUGUUUGGUGAUCCUGAAGCACCAUAACAUGAGGACUCCAACAAACUAUUACCUGUUUAGUCUAGCGGUUUCUGACCUUCUUGUCCUGCUCCUUGGGAUGCCUCUUGAAAUAUAUGAGAUGUGGAGCAACUACCCUUUUUUCUUUGGUGCUUGGGGUUGUUAUUUUAAGACUGUGCUCUUCGAGACUGUGUGUUUUGCUUCUAUACUUAGCGUGACAACGGUCAGUGUGGAGAGGUAUGUGGCCAUCAUCCAUCCCUUUCAAGCCAAGCUCAAAAGCACCCGAAAGAGGGCCCUUAGAAUCCUCAUGACACUUUGGAUCGUCUCCAUUGUUUUCUCUUUCCCCAAUACCAGCACUCAUGGCAUUGAAGUGAAGUACUUCCCCAAUGGAAGUCUUGUACCAGACUCUGCUCUGUGCACUGUUGUCCAACCGUUGUGGAUUUAUAACUGCAUUAUCCAAGUAACAUCAUUGCUGUUCUACGUGCUUCCAAUGGGAGUCAUCAGUGUCCUCUACUGCCUGAUGGGUAUCAAACUGAGAGGUGAUCACUCGAUGGACGUGGAUAAAAUGUCUGUGAAUGGACAGAGACCAUCUCGAAAGUCAAUCACAAAGAUGCUUUUUGUCUUAGUGAUGGUUUUUGCCAUCUGUUGGGCCCCUUUUCACAUUGACCGACUUUUCUUCAGCUUUGUGGGUGAGUGGACUGAGCCUCUAGCCAACGUCUUUAACCUCAUGCAUGUGGUUUCUGGUGUCUUCCUCUAUCUCAGCUCUGCUGUCAAUCCUUUGAUCUACAACCUUCUCUCCAGACGCUUUCGUUCUGCAUUUAGAAAUUUCCUUCCACCUCUUUUUAAACAUUGGACUCCCAAACUCCCAGUCCCGGUCUUGGUCCCCCAGAAAAAUACCUUGAUCCUGGCUGGCCGUAACCGCAAAGACUCCACAGAAGAAGGCAGUCCCUCUUUUCACCAUCGCACCUCUGUCUGCAGUUCCCAUUUAUCUACAGUAUUGUGAUUUGGUACAGUUCACCAGAUGCUUUGGAUCUUUUGGAGACUACGAUAACUAGACCUGUUGUCAGGGAAAGGGUUACUGUGUGGUGUGCAAGAUAUCCUCUCUCUAGGGAUGACCUCAUUCAGCUGGGUAGGAUGAAUCCCAUGCCCAGAAAAUAGCCACAGCAAUCAUCACAAGGGAAGUGACUUAAUCAGAGAUCAGUUUAAUCAAUACAUUGCUUAAGUGGAUUAAACCAUGUUGCUCUUUGCAUG